GACUAUCGGGAUAUUGGAGGAACUGAGGCGGGGCGGAGAGCGAGCGGGAGGCGGGGGGGAGAGAAAAAAUGGCGGCCGUCAGGCGAGGAAGAGCAGCAUCUGUUCUGUCAUCUGUUCCCUUACAGAUUCUUUUCUGUUUAAAUGUAGUUUAUUAUAUAUUUUAUUUUUUAGCAACCCUGAUGAUGAUUAUUUAUAAAAGUCAGGUUUUCACGUAUCCGGAUGAUUUCUUAGCUCUAGAUCUCAUAUUGCUGUUCAUUAUGGCAGUUCUUGAAGCAAUCAGGCUAUACUUUGGUACCAAAGGGAAUCUAACAGAAGAAGAGUAUCCAUUGGGUAUCAGUCUUGUGAUCACUGCUGGCAGCAUAAUCCUAUCCAUCUACUUUCUGGUGUGGCAAACAUACGUCCUGCGAGCAGAUGUCAUCAUUAAUGUUGUACUGCUUGUCACAUGUGGACUUGAAGCAAUCCUGCAAGUCAUAGCCAUUGCUGCAUUUGUCAGCUAACUCAUGUUGCUAUCUGUGGUAAACCUAUCUUCUGUAUUUUCUUCAAAAAGAAGCAAUAUAGAUUUUUAAUUGAUCCUUGUAAAAGUACAUGGGCUUGAUGUUCUCGAGUAUAAACACUGCCAUAACGGUUCAUACUACAUUGCAAAGUUCCAUGAGGCCAUCAUGAACUAACAUGUAACACAUUCUGCAGGGUUAUUCUUAGCAUAGCUUAUUUAGUGGUGGUCUCUGUUUGCAUAGAAGUUUGGAGUUAAAUGUUGAUGCUCAAAUCAAGGCUGAUCCACAUUUUUUUGUGGCAGUCAAGCUUGCCGUUUGUCCUUUGCCUGCCUUUGGUGAGCACCACAUUGUUUCAAGGAAAAUAUGCUUCUACAAAUGUAGAAAUUCAUGCCUUGGACAGAUCCCAGGAAUUACCCACAGUUUGCCAGUGUGUGUAUACCAUAUGAUUAGAGGCAUUGACCUCUUGUUCCUUGGAAGAUACACAGUAAAUAGGUAGCAAUAAAGUGCUUCAUAAAGAUUGAAUCAUCUCUCAAAAUAAAUAUUAGCCAGACCCUUGUGAUUAAUUUUUGCAGCUCUUUGAGGUGAUUACUCAUUUCAGUGGUCUUAACUGUAGAAUCAGUGAAACUAAAUCACAUGUUAUUGUACUGUAUCAGACCGUGCAUAAGCAUUUAUAGUGAAAAUUUCAAAAGAAUGUAGUUACUUGGAAAAAGUUACUUGGAAACUGGUAUCUUAGCUGUACAUUAUCAUAAGCCUAAUUCCCAGUUAAAGUCAGAAUUACAGGUUUCUAAGAAUAGUUUUCAAAAUAUUUUAAAGAUAUAUUUUAUUAAUGAAAGAGUAAUAUCCAGUGUUGCAUGAGCAGAUCCCCACCUUCUCCUUUCUCUUGCAGCCCUCAUCCCCACCUAGCUGCUCUGGAGGGUCACCGUAACCUUCCAGGGCAGGUUUGGGUAUGUGCAGGAGGAGACAUCCUUAUUUCACAAAUGGUGCCUGUUUUUCUACAAGAAAGCCUUAAGUACAGUGGCCCCUCAACUUACGAAUUACUCGACACCUGAAGUUUUCGACUUAUGAAUGGGACAAAUGGCCACGCGCUUAUGAAUUUUUCUACAUCUGAACAGAAACCGUUGGCGGUUUUAAAUGCAGUUUCCUCGACUUACGAAUUUUUUAAUGCGGUUUCUUCGACUUACGAAUUUUUCCGAAUUAUUUUUUCCCUAUGGGAAUCAUACCUGCCAAGUCCGGGUCGUAAAUAUCCGGGAUCGGCAGCGCGCGCAUGACCGGAAGUUGCGUGACGCAACUUCCGGUGGCGCUUCGCCCUUCUAUGGGCACCAGAAAGUGGCGGCGACUUCCGGCGCCAGCGCCGCCAUUUUCUGAUGCCCAUAGAAGGGCAAAGCGCCACUGGAAGUCACGUGACGCAACUUCCGGUCUUGUGCGGAAGUGACUUCCGGCGCCGGCGCCGCCAUUUUCUGGUGCCCAUAGAAGGGCAAGCGGCACCAGAAAAAUGGCCGGGUAAUUAGGGUUGCUAACAAUUGCAUUCUCCUCCACUCAUAGCUGCCAAGUAUCCCGAUUUAAGGGACAAUACCGGGAUUUUUCACUAAACGGGAGACCGCCGGGAAACGGUAAGAAAAAAGGGGUUUUCCCGGCGGAUACGGGAUACUUGGCAGCUAUGAUGGGAAUCCUCUUUUCGACUUACGAAAUUUUCAACGUACAAAUGUGCAUUCGGAACAGAUUAAGUUCGUAAGUUCAGGGACCACUGUAGUGUGUUAAAGAUUAUCAUAUUUUUUAAUUUGUAUAUAUGUACAGUAUAUAUUUCUAUUUUUCUAUCGCUACGAAUAAACAAACUGCAAGUCAUUCACAUUUAACUGAUACUAAUUGAGCUGGUGGGUAUGCCUAAUGUGGUUCACUGGUUCAGUUAAGUUUCUCUCAGUGGGAAGUGUAGAAACACUCCUUACACACAGUAUGAAGUAUGAUGUGAACCAGUUUUGUAUUCUCAUUUCGUAUUUUUCUGUUGUGAACCACCCUGGGUGGUAUACAGUUAAUAAUAAUAAUAAUAAUAACAAACAGUGUAAAAAUCUUGGAGAGAAGAGGGUAACUGGUGGGCAGAUACACUGAAUCUAAAAUAACAUAUAUCAUGUUUCAGGUUCACUCCUGAAGCUUUGAUUUUUAUUAUUUAAUAAAAUUUAUAUACUGUUUGAUGGUUAAAAACAAACAAAAACCCAGGACCUUAGAGCAGUUUACAAAAACCUUCUAGUCCCUGGAGUUCUUUCAAAUAUGUUUGCAGAUUGCUGGAUAAGAAAAUUGGCACUUUGGCAGGGUUGUCUGUCCAGAAAGUAAAUAAAAAAAUUCCUUCAGUAUUUUCUUUUAUUAUUAUUUUGUUUCGACUCAGACCAACACGGCUACCUACCUGUAACUGUCCAGAAAGUAGUAAGAUUUGAGGUAACAAACAUGUUGAUGUCAGGAUUUUGUAAGCAUUAUUAUUGAGCACAUCUUGCAUACUGCACCACAUACAAAGAGUUCUUUUGAAUUACCUUUUAUAUUCCAGCGCAGCAGAACAGGAUUAUCUAGUUUAUCAGAAUGAAUUCUGUUUCUCAGCCAAAAGCCUGUAAAUGGUGGUGAUGGUUGACUCCUUCCAACUUUCUAUGUACUGAGAAUUGGGUGGGUGGGAAUGUGUGGGAAGUCAAAGUUGACAUGGUGCUCCCCCACCCUAGAGUUACCACUCAUAGUUUGUGGUUAAUAAACUGAUGCAUAGUGAUGCACAUUUAUUUGCAUAUCUUUGGUGAUCCCCUUCACACCUACUUUGUACAAACUAUCUCAUGCAAAAGGGAGAUCUUUAGCAUUAGUUAUUCACAACCUUAUCAUAGCUGCCAAGUUUUCCCUUUUCUCGUGAGGAAGCCUAUUCAGCAUAAUGGAAUUUCCCUUCAAAAAAAGGGAUAACUUGGCAGCUAUGAACCUUAUCCUACAGCAUAGCAUGUUUACUUGAAAAUAUUUACUAUUAAGUUAAAUUGGCCUUUCACAUGAAUGUCAUAGGAUUGCAAUCUUACAACAUCCCAUGACCAGUCCACCCAGGACACAAAAUAAUGUUUCAGCUUUGCAUUUUCCUUCUCAGUGGUGAAAUAACAUUGGCAAUAGCUCACUGGUCACCAUAUUCUAAAUGCAAUAAAAAAAACCCUGCACACAUUGGGUUGUAUCCAUUUGUGUCCCUCUGUGGCACUGAUAGAAGGCUUUUUUGAUCCAGUGGAGGCUUCUAUGAGUAGAAAAGGUGGGCCAUUUUUGUGAAUUCCUCCUCAUUAUUUCUUCCCUCUGAGAAAAGGUUGCAGCAUCUGCGACUUUUUAGUUUGGAGAAAAGGAGAGUAAGAGGUGACAUGAUAGAAGUUUAUAAAAUUAUCAGUGGCAUGGAUAAAGUGGAUAGGGAAAAGUUUUUCUCCCUCACGUAAUACUAAGACUUGUAGACAUCCAAUUAAGCUGAAUGUUGGAAAAUUCAGGACGUAUAAAAGUGCCUAGUUAAACCAUGAAGAUCUCACGGGAUUAAGUGAUGGCUACCAAUUUAGCUGACUUUAAAAGAGGAUUAGACCAGGCAUCCCCAAACUUCGGUCCUCCAGACGUUUUGGACUACAAUUCCCAUCAUCCCUGACCACUGGUCCUGUUAGCUAGGGAUCAUGGGAGUUGUAGGCCAAAACAUCUGGAGGGCCGCAGUUCAGGGAUACCUGGAUUAGACAAAUUCAUCGAGGAGAUGGGUAUUGAUGGCCACUAGCCAUGAUGGCUAUGCUCUGCCUCCACUGUUGGAGGCAGUAAUGUUUAUGAAAACCACAGGAGGGGACAGUGCUCUUGUGCUCCGUUCCUGUCUGCAGGCUUAUCACAGGCAUCUGGUUGGCCAAUGUGAGAACAUGAUGCUGGACUUGGUGGCUCAUUGGCCUGAUCCAGCAGGCUCUUCUGUUCGUAUGUUUUCUUACAGCCUGCUUGCAUGUCACCUCCCAUGCUGUUCCAAAGGGUCCCCCAGUCCUCUGAAGCAGAUCUGAGGGAAGACAGUUGGAUACAACCCAUUGUCAAUGGGUCUACACCCAUAGUUAGGAUUCAUGUUUAAUGUUAAUCAUAUAUACUGUACUUCAGUGGGUUAGACUGCCUUUAUAUGAUCUGGUUCUCCCAUGUGUCUACACAGCCACAUGUCAUGAACAAGGAUGGAGGAAGCCCCUAUAUGUUGAUGUGAGAUUGCCCAUAAUCAUUUUAACUGAGCUGUGGAGUUAACUGCUACUCCUGACCUGCUGGAAGUAUUGUAUUUGUUAGUGUUCAUAAGACCUUUUUUUUGUGAGCAUGAGCAUAAAUUGUUAUGGUAAAGUCACAGACAACCAUUGCUAAACAUGCUGGGCUCUUGGGAGUAUAUAAUUAAAAGGCCAAACCCUUCUGGAAACAGGAUGAGCAAGUUUUAAUGAAAAAUACAAUAAAAAUGAAAUGAGCACAUUUUCCCCCAGACGUUGAGAGCAUUUUUUGGGUGGUGGUUAUGCGUCAAAUAAAAAGCACUUGUUCUGUACACAACUUGAGGUGGCUGUCAUCAGCGUGAUCUAAAAUUCUGAUAGCACAUUCAUCUCCUGGGAUUUAAUGCCCUCAGAUAUUUUGAAGAGAUAAGGCUACAUUGUUUCAGACUCUUUCUUUGCUUGUAAGCCCAACAAAAAUAAAAGGAAAUGAAACACAAAUAAAGUGCAUUCCUUAAGAAGUCAGCAUUUUUUUUGGCUUCAACACAAAACAUGAUUAGUGUCCUUAAGGAACGACACUGUGUUUGCUUCUUGUUAUCAAGCUGUGUGUUAGCACUGCAAAGUCUUUAUUUGCAGAAAAUAAGAGAAGCACAUCACACUUUCCUACUUGGAUUUCACUUCUACAUUCACAAGCUGUAUGUACAUCACAUGCACAAUGAAAUAUAGAAAACUUGGCACAACCAUAGUUGGAAUACUACACAGU